UUGAACUCUUGUCUUUCCUGCAGCUAGGGUUUCAGCAUGGAGCACGGUGCUGUGUCUGUCCCUGCCGCACUGCCCUACUAUGUGGCCUUCUCCCAGCUGCUGGGCCUCACCGUGGUGGCUGUGACUGGUGCAUGGCUUGGUCUGUACCGAGGUGGCAUUGCUUGGGAAAGCUCCCUGCAGUUUAAUGUGCACCCACUCUGCAUGGUCAUCGGCAUGAUCUUCCUGCAAGGAGAUGCUCUGCUGGUGUACCGUGUCUUCAGAAAAGAAGCCAAGCGCACGACCAAGAUCUUGCACGGGCUGCUGCACGUCUUUGCCUUCAUCCUCGCUCUGGUGGGCUUGGUGGCUGUGUUUGACUACCACAAGAAGAAGGGCUAUGCCGACCUGUACAGCUUGCACAGUUGGUGUGGGAUCUUAGUCUCUGUCCUUUACUUUGUGCAGUGGCUGGUGGGUUUCAGCUUCUUCCUGUUCCCUGGAGCUUCGUUCUCUCUGCGGAGCCGCUACCGCCCUCAGCACGUUUUCUUUGGUGCCACCAUCUUCCUCCUUUCUGUGGGCACAGCCCUCCUGGGCUUGAAGGAGGCGCUGCUGUUUAAACUUGGGGCCAAGUACAGCACAUUCGAGCCAGAGGGAGUCCUGGCCAACGUGCUGGGCCUGCUGCUGGCCUGUUUCGGGGUGGUUGUGCUCUACAUCUUGGCUCAAGCUGAUUGGAAGCGUCCGUCUCAGGCCGAAGAGCAAGCUCUCUCUAUGGACUUCAAGACGCUGACAGAGGGAGACAGCCCCAGCCCACAGUGAUGGCCCUCCUCAUCCUGUACAGGGGCUGCGUCUGGGUGGUCCUCUCGGUUCUGUGGGUUUCCAGAUGUCUUUUUGCUCAUCCCUGAAGAGGCUGAGGCUUCAGGCCCAGGAGUGCGGGGCAGUGGUGUUAAUUUAGUGGGGUUCCAGGGUUUGGGGUUAUCUCAGCUUUUCCUUCCUUGCUGCAGUUUUUGACUUAUCCUGUGAGCCAUGUAUAGGCCCUGCCUCUAUCUGCUGUUGUCCCUUCUUAUGCAGAAAGCCUGGUUAGGGGAUCUGGGGUCAAGCCUGGUCCUGAUCCUUAGAGG